CAUGAUGAUUAUGUUAUUUUGUAUAAUGUAACAGAAGACAAAAUAUGCAACAUUGUACGAAUGCAAAAUAAUGAAGGAUACAGUAAGUGCUAUUUUUCUACUUUGUGUGCAGAUUCUUUAUAUCAGCCCCCCACAGUGUUUCAUGUGGGUGUAAAUGAGAAAGUUUUUGUCCAGAUGGGAAAGUUUCAUAUCAAUAAUUCUGUUACUCUAUACCUGGAGCGUGAGGAUGAGGCUGGCAGUACUCGUGUGUCUGAAAAGAAAACUGCUCUGUGUACAGCAGAAGGGAAGAUCGAAAUUGUUGAGCUCAUGGUAGACAAAGAAAUUAUGUCAAGAUUUCCCCAAAAUUAUGAACAUGCCCACCUUAAACUGGUGGCAGAGAGCCUCUCCUUUAGUGGCAGGAAGGAAACAAAGGUUCUGGUAUCAAAGCGCAGGGGCAAUAUCUUUAUUCAGACUGAUCAGCCAAUCUACAGCCCAGCACAAACAGUGAAGUACAGGAUAUUCACUCUUGACCACACAUUCAGGCCUCAUGAGGGAGUGUUCCUCAUCUCAGUAUUUAAUUCUGCUGGAAACAGAAUAAUGAAGUCCCUUAAGUCUGCAAAGGGAGGAAUACUCAGAGGCACAUUCCCCAUACCUGAUCACAUAUUUGGUUUACAAAGAAUAGGCACAUGGAAGAUUACAGCACAUUAUGAAGGUGAUGAAGCAAAUGUUGUUUCUCGAGAGUUCAGAGUCCAAAAAUUUGUUUUACCAAGUUUUGAGGUGAACAUCGCAAUGGAGCACAACUAUAUUUUGUUGAAUGCUGACAAGUUUGACUUCAAAAUCUUAGACAGGUAUUCACAUGGUGAGGAAGUUAACGGGGCUUACCACUGCCAGUUUGGAUUGGUGAAAAAAGAUACACAUGGUCAGAAAAUGAAGCCUGUAUAUAUCAGUUGGCUUGAGUUAACUGGUUCGGUUCAGAAUGGAACUGGAACAGCUUUUCUCCAGAUGGCAGACUUACAUGAGCACCUCCAAAAACAGCAGAACCAAACCCUCUCUGAAUUACAGCAGAGUGGAGCGCAACUGUACUUAGGAGUAUUUGUCACCAACAUACAAAGCGGUGAAAUACAAGAAGCAGAAGUUUACCUUCUUAUGAUUUCUCACAAAUACACCAUCGAUCUUUCUCGAACCCGCUCAUUUCACCUUCCAGGAUAUCUGCUAGAUGUGGUGGUGGUCCUGCGUCUCCCAGAUGGCUCCCCAGCAGCUGGUGUGCCAGUAAAGAUUGAUGUACCAGAAUCUUCAGAGAAAUCGUUGAAUGCCACUACUAACCAGGAGGGGGCAGUGUAUCCUGUGUUUAAUAUUCCCAAUGUGUAUUGGAUUACUGUUAAAGUGUCGGCAGAUGGCCUUCAGGAAUGGAAAAGAAUUCGUCCUCCUUCACCUUGAAAUCGCGGCUACCUUUACCUGAGUAUUACCAACAAGAUGUACUCUGUGGGCGAGUUCCUAACUGUGAAUUAUAACACCAUGAAUGGCCAAAAACAUGGGUUUAUAUACUACAUGGUCUUAAGCCAUGGGAUCCUAAUAAAACAAGACAACAUACAGAUAACGCCUGAUAUGGUGCCAUCAUUCCGUCUGAUUGGCUACUACUACAACCAGCAUGGUAACAUCAUUGCUGACUCGGUGUGGGUAGAUGUCAGGGAUGAAUGUGAGAUAAAGGUCAAGGUGAGUAAACAGAACAGAUGUUUAUGUGUAGUUAAGCCACCUGAGGUCAAAGCAUCGAAGAGGGCAUUUGUGUCCUACAACUAUGGCUCUGACAGCCUACAGGUAGCAGUUCAUAUGGAACAAACUGAAGGACUUUGCUCCCCCGGAUCAGCCACCACUACAUCUUUUGUCAACAUUACUGUGGAGCCACAGUCUUCCCAGUUUGUGUCCUUCUCGGCUGUCCCCAUGGUAACUGGCUCCAUACCCAUCAAAAUACGUCUCUAUGAUAUAGAGAAUAGAUGGGGGAUAGAUGCAGUUGAGAAGGCUUUGAAUGUGUUGACAGAAGGACUAGAAAAGAGAGAGGAAGAAACCCAGGUGCUUAAAUUAGAUGGAAGGAACAGUCAGACGAUUGCUAUUGAUGGAACUUUACCAGAUGACAUAGUGCCCGACUCUAGCUCCAAUAUUUUCAUUUCAGUGGAAGGGGAUGGAUUUUGCAGUUCACAUGCAGAGUUCCUUCUUUCUCCCGAUAAGGUUGCUAGCCUGAUUGUAUUGCCUAGAGGAUGUUCAGAACAGACAAUGAUAGGAUUGGCUCCUACAGUUACAGCCGUCCGCUACCUUGACCUGAGUGAUCAAUGGUUUGACCUGCCUGCUGGUGCCAGAGAUGAUGCUCUUGAUAAAAUUGAGGAAGGUUUUAUGGGGAUUUUAACAUUCAAGACAAAAGAAAAUGGAUAUCCCCCAUUUCUUUCAGAGCAACCUAGUAAUUGGUUAACUGCCCUUGUAGUGAAAGUGCUAUUGUUGGUGGCGGAGCGUCAGAGAAUGGCUUUUGGAGUGCAAGGCAGGAAGACUAGGGUUAUACCAGAUGAAGAGAUCAGGCAACCAGUUAGUUACUUGCUCUCAGUACAGGAGACAGAUGGGUCAUUCGAUGACCCACAUCCAGUGCUACGCAGAGGAGUUUUGAAAGGAAGAGACAAAGAAGCCUCCAUGACCGCUUUCAUUACUCUUGCCCUUCACCGAUCUCUUCAAAUCCUGCAAACCGAAGAGAGAAAUAAUGCGGAUGCAAGCAUUUCAAGAUCAACAGCAUAUCUCCUGUCACACCUUGAUGAGCUUCAGCAUCCCUAUGCUGUUGCCAUUACAGCCUACUGCAUUGCCAUUUGCGUGCCAAGGGGAACAGAUCAUUCAUCUGCCUGGAAAAAACUUCAAGCCCUGGCUAGGAAGAAUGGCUGUUAUCUGUGGACAACUGAUGCCAACCAGAAUCGUGAGAGGGAAGAUGGCAUCACAGUAGAGACUACAGCCUAUGCCCUCCUAACAGCAGUGGAACUUGGGCAUACCGAGUGGGCAGACAACGCAGCCUGCUGGUUAACCUCCCAAGAAAACUAUUUUGGAGGCUACAAGUCAUCACAGGAUACCAUCAUGGCAUUGGAAGCCCUCACGGAGUAUGAGCUAAAGAGGUCUGUCAGUCCUGAAGCAAAUCUAAUUGCAGAGUUCACCGUCCCAGGAAAGAACGACAUUGUAAAGCUUGUACUGGAAGAUAAGAAGGAGAAGGUGGAAACGGACCUUAAGAAACUUAGAGGGAACAACAUUGACGUGCAAUUGACAGGAAAAGGUGAUACCAAGCUGAAAGUUGUGAAAGCUUUCCAUGUACUGGAUCCCAAGGACGAUUGUAACCAAGUGUCUAUCAGCGUCACAGUGACGGGGAAAGUGAAGUACACUGCUAAGGUCAUAGAAAGUUAUGAAUAUUAUGAUGACUAUGAUAACAACGAGGAGAAAGAGGCACGAGUGCCACGAUCAGCCAUUGAGUGGUUUGAUGCUCGCACCCGAAACAGGAGAGAUCUUGAUAACAACUUAAAUUCAGACGAGACUGUCACCUACAAAAUCUGUGUCAGUCAUAGCCUGAACAGCAAUCUCACAGGAAUGGCCAUUGCUGACAUCACACUUCUGAGUGGAUUUGAGGCUGUAACUGAUGACCUGGACAUGCUCUUUGAAUCAGAGGAAUGUAUUAGUUUUGAUUCUAUACAGAGAGUACCAAUUGGCCUCCUACAGCCUACUCCAGCUGUGUUCUAUGAUUAUUAUGAACCAAACAGAAAGUGUACUGUGUUUUACAACGCCCCCCAAAGAAGCAAGAUGGUCUCCAAACUGUGUUCAGAGGAUGUGUGCCAAUGUGCAGAAAGACCCUGUCAUAAAGUACAAAAUACAUUCCAGUCAGAAAGAGGUCGAAAAAUCACAAAGAAUGACCGUUCACAACAUGCUUGCUUCUUCCCUACAGUAGAUUACGCAUACAUUGUGGAAGUCCUCAACGUUUCUCUGAAGAGCAACUUUGAGCUCUAGAAAACGAAUGUAAACGAGGUUCUCAGAUCACAUGGAGAUGUCCAUGUGACUGAGAAUUCUGUUCGAGUGUUUGCUAAGAGGCGUCAGUGUAAAGGACAGUUAGAUUUGGGAAGACAGUAUCUCAUCAUGGGCAAAGAUGGCUCCACAACCGACUCAAACAGAAUGAUGCAGUACCUGUUGGACUCAAACACCUGGGUUGAAAAAAAGCCUUUGGAAAAAGAAUGUAGAAAAAGUUCUAACGCCUGUGCAGGGUUUAAUAUGUUUACAAAUGAGUACAAGCUUGAUGGCUGCAGACAGUGAAAUGGAAUCUGUUUCAUUUUACUUUCAUUUUCAUUUUAGUGUAACUCAGUAGUUUCCCACACAGACAGCACGGGUGUUGAGAGCUCUAUUCUUUACUGUUUAUAAUCAAAUUCAUGUAAGCGUGUCAGCCCGACUCCACCACAGUACCAUUUGAACUUUUAUUACUUACAAUGUAACCAUUAAUCAUUUAUGUCCAAUACAGCUAUCUGUGCCUAAAGUAAAGUAACUUAUCUUAAUAUUGUCUAGCAAA